AUGUGUGACGGCGCCCUGCUGCCUCCUCUCGUCCUGCCCUUGCUGCUGCUGCUUUUUUGGGGACUGGACCCGGGCACAGCUGUCGGCGACGCGGCGGCCGACGUGGAGGUGGUACUGCCGCGGCGGGUGCGCCCCGACGACGUGCACCUGCCGCCGCUGCCCGGGGCCCCCGGGCCUCGAAAGCGCCGGCGCCCCCGCGCGCCCCCAGCCGCCCUGCGAGUCCGGCCCGGCGAGCGCGCCCUGCUGCUGCACCUGCCGGCCUUCGGGCGCGACCUGUACCUGCAGCUUCGCCACGACCUGCGUUUCCUGUCCCGGGGCUUCGAGGUGGAGGAGGCCGGCGCGGCGGGGCGCCGCGGACGCCCCGCCGAGCUGUGCUUCUACUCGGGCCGCGUGCUCGGCCACCCCGGUUCCCUCGUCUCGCUCAGCGCCUGCGGCGCCGGCGGCGGCCUGGUUGGCCUCAUCCAGCUUGGGCAGGAGCAGGUGCUAAUCCAGCCACUCAACAGCUCUCGGGGCCCACUCAGCGGACGAGAGCACCUGGUCAGGCGCAAAUGGUCCUUGACACCCAGCCCCUCCACCGAGGCCCCGAUACCUGGGCAGCUCUGCAAGGUUCUAACAGAAAAGAAGAAGCCAAGGAGGGGCAGGCCGUCCCAGGACUGGCGGGAGCGGAGGAACGCCAUCCAGCUCACCAGCGAGCACACGGUGGAGACCCUGGUGGUGGCCGAUGCCGACAUGGUGCAGUACCACGGGGCAGAGGCUGCCCAGAGGUUCAUCCUCACGGUCAUGAACAUGGUGUACAAUAUGUUUCAGCACCAGAGCCUUGGAAGUAAAGUGAACAUCCAAGUUACCAAGCUUGUCCUGCUACGACAACGGCCUGCCAAAUUGUCCAUCGGGCACCAUGGUGAGCGGUCCCUGGAGAGCUUCUGUCACUGGCAGAAUGAGGAAUAUGGAGGAGCCCGAUACCUCGGCAACAAUCAGGUUCCAGGAGGGAAGGACGAUACGCCCCCUGUGGAUGCUGCUGUGUUUGUGACCAGGACAGAUUUCUGCGUACACAAAGAUGAACCGUGUGACACCGUUGGAAUUGCUUACUUAGGAGGUGUGUGCAGUGCUAAGAGGAAAUGUGUCCUUGCCGAAGACAAUGGUCUCAAUUUGGCCUUUACCAUCGCUCAUGAGCUGGGCCACAACUUGGGAAUGAACCAUGAUGAUGACCACUCAUCCUGCGCUGGCAGAUCCCACAUCAUGUCAGGAGAGUGGGUAAAAGGCCGGAACCCCAGUGACCUCUCUUGGUCAUCCUGCAGCCGAGAUGACCUGGAAAACUUCCUCAAGUCAAAAGUCAGCACCUGUUUGCUGGUCACAGACCCCAGGAGCCAGCAUGCGGUGCGUCUCCCUCACAAGCUGCCAGGCAUGCACUACAGUGCCAACGAGCAAUGCCAGAUCCUGUUUGGCACCAAUGCCACCUUCUGCAGAAACAUGGAGCAUCUGAUGUGCGCUGGACUGUGGUGCCUGGUGGAAGGAGAUACGUCCUGCAAGACCAAGCUGGACCCUCCCCUGGACGGCACUGAGUGUGGGGCAGACAAGUGGUGCCGCGCAGGGGAGUGCGUGAGCAAGACACCCAUCCCGGAGCACGUGGACGGAGACUGGAGCCCCUGGGGCGCGUGGAGCAUGUGCAGCCGGACGUGUGGGACGGGAGCCCGCUUCCGGCAGAGGAAAUGUGACAACCCCCCUAAUGAGGCUGAGCAUUGUAAUGGUUCUAAAGAACAGCACGCCGUCUGCGAGAACCUUCCCUGCCCCAAGGGCCUGCCCAGCUUCCGGGACCAGCAGUGCCAGACGCAUGACCGGCUCAGCAGCAAGAAGAAGGGCCUGCUGACAGCAGUAGUGGUUGAUGAUAAACCAUGUGAACUCUACUGCUCACCCCUUGGGAAGGAGUCCCCGCUGCUGGUGGCCGACAGAGUCCUGGAUGGCACACCUUGCGGGCCCUAUGAGACUGACCUCUGUGUGCACGGCAAGUGCCAGAAAAUCGGCUGUGAUGGCAUCAUCGGGUCCGCGGCCAAGGAAGACCGGUGUGGGGUCUGCAGUGGUGACGGCAAGACCUGCCGCGUAGUGAAGGGCGACUUCAGCCACUCUCGGGGCACAGGUUAUAUUGAAGCUGCUGUCAUUCCAGCUGGAGCUCGGAGGAUCCGCGUGGUGGAGGAUAAACCUGCCCACAGUUUUCUGGCCCUGAAAGACACCAGUAAGAGAUCCAUCAACAGCGACUGGAAGAUCGAGCUCCCCGGGGAGUACCAGAUCGCCGGCACCACUGUGCGCUACGUUAGAAGGGGCCUGUGGGAGAAAAUUUCUGCCAAGGGACCAACCAAAAUACCACUGCAUCUGAUGGUGUUGUUAUUUCAUGACCAAAAUUAUGGAAUCCAUUACGAGUACACCGUUCCUGUAAACUACACUGCCGAAAAUCAAAGCGAGCCGGAAAAACCCCAGGACUCUUUGUUCAUCUGGACCCACAGCGGCUGGGAAGGGUGCAGCGUGCAGUGCGGAGGAGGGGAACGCAGAACCAUUGUGUCCUGCACACGGAUUGUUAACAAGACCACAACUCUGGUGAAUGACAGUGACUGUCCUCAAGCAAGCCGUCCAGAGCCCCAGGUCCGAAGGUGCAACUCACACCCGUGCCAAUCACGGUGGGUGGCAGGCCCAUGGAGCCCCUGCUCAGCGACCUGUGAGAAGGGCAUCCAGCAUCGGGAGGUGACCUGCGUGUACCAGCUGCAGAACGGCACACAUGUCACCACGCGGCCCCUCUAUUGCCCGGGCCCCCGGCCAGCACCAGUGCAGAGCUGUGAAGGCCAGGACUGCCUGUCCAUCUGGGAGGCGUCUGAGUGGUCACAGUGCUCUGCCACCUGUGGUAAAGGGACCCAAAAGCGAACUGUGACGUGCACCAACUCGCAAGGAAAAUGCGACGCGUCCAUGAGGCCGAAAGCAGAGGAGGCGUGUGAGGACUACUCAGGCUGCUACGAGUGGAAAACUGGGGACUGGUCCAAGUGCUCCUCAACCUGUGGGAAGGGCCUCCAGUCCCGCGUAGUACAGUGCAUGCACAAGGUCACCGGCCGCCAUGGCAACGAGUGUCCCGCCCUCUCGAAGCCAGCAGCCUACAGACAGUGCCACCAGGAGGUCUGCAAUGACAAGAUCAACGUGAACACCAUCACCUCCCCUCGCCUCGGUGAGUGGCCCCCGGUUUCUGGGGUGGGGAGGUGGGAGUUCUGUAAGCCAGAAAGCCCCCUUUGGGCCCUAGCUGAGCCCUGAAGAGGUCUUUUGUCAGCUCUGUAGAAGGUUAGAGGUUUCAGAGGUGGGAUUUCGUUCCUUGUCAUGAAAAAGACGUCUGCUAGCGGCAACCUCAAACACAACAACGGCUCAAGCGUCCCGCUUAGUCCCUCUGCCAACAAUGAAGAACACGGGAGGGUGGUCUUCAGUUAAUGUUUUUGGGCUCCUGUGCACGAGGAGGGCAAAGGGAGGUGCGUUCUUCCAGAAGUGAAGGAGCUGG